AUGGGAUUCGUCAGAGAGAAUACGGGGGUCCCGGUUCCAAGGGUUUUAGGGUUUUGGAGUCAUCGAGGGGAAACAAGUUCAAAGAUUGGUUCCACGUCAUCAGAUGGGCAGAACAAAUCUGAAACGUCAAAGAGAAGAGAAAGUGCUGGGCCAAGUGAAUUGAAUUACAUGCUCAUAGAGGCGUUACCAGGCGACCCGAUUGGAGAAGUUUGGAUGGAAAUGGAUGAUGCUGCCAAAGGAAGGUUUAAGCAGGAACUCGUCGGGUACCUCAGGGAGCUUAGGGCGCUGGAACAGCACCCGAUGGCGGGUAACACCCAUAAUGGCGAUGUAGUGGAUGAAGUGAAACCUAGGUACAUCGGCGCGAUUGAUCACCAACCUCUAACAGACCAUAGGAUCGCGACGGUACCCUACGGACCGUUUGAGGAUGUGGAGGGGUGGCUGGAGUGUGAAUAUCUACUUGGUUACGUGGCUAAGGCCAGGCCUCAGGAGGUGCAUGAGAGGCUGGAACAAGAGCUCAAGAAAAGAGAUGCAGGAGUGGUGUUUACCCAUUCAGAUCUGACGCCUAGAAAUGUACUAGUGGAAAAGGAAAGCGGUCGGAUUACAGGAAUUGUAGAUUGGGAUUCUGCAGGGUGGUGUGUGGAAUGGUGGGAGGGGGUCAAGGGAGUUUACGGGUGGAACGAUGGCAGCUUCGCCCAGAAACUCGAAGGAAAGGACAACAUAACUACUACUCCAAGUGAAGAUAGUUUGCUAGGGACGUGGAGAGCCUUGCUAAGAGAAGUAGUGGGCGACUUCGAUGAUGAGCUCAAGGCGGACGAAGAGAUGAGAGACAUCUAUGGAUUUCCGUACUAG